AUAGCCACAGAGACGUUACAUAGAUCAGUGUGUCAGCGUUAUAUUCGAGUAAAGAUGGCGGAAAGAAAGGUGUUGAAUAAAUAUUUCCCUCCGGACUUUGAUCCAGCUAAACUUCCAAAACUGAAGCUUGAUAGGUAUAGACAAUAUGUUGUCAGACUUAUGGCUCCCUUUAACAUGAGAUGCAACACAUGUGGUGAAUAUAUAUACAAAGGAAAGAAGUUCAAUGCACGUAAGGAGACAGUUCAAAAUGAAACAUAUUUAGGAUUGGAAAUCUAUAGAUUUUAUAUAAGAUGUCCACGUUGCAUCAGUGAAAUAACUUUCAAGACAGAUCCAGAAAACACUGAUUAUGUUGCUGAGAAAGGUGCGACAAGAAAUUUUCAAGCAAUUAAACGUGCUGAGGAUGAAGAGGAGAGACUGAAGAAAGAAAGAGAAGAAGAAGAGUUAAACAAUCCAAUGAAGGCUUUGGAGAAUAGAACAAAAGAGUCUAAACAAGAAAUGGACAUUUUGGAAAAGUUGGAAGAAUUAAGAGAUUUGAAUGCGAGACAUGCUUCUGUUGAUCAUGAAUUAUUGCUUCAACAAAAUAUGAAAUAUGCCAAAGAAAUAGAAGAAAGACAAGCUGAAGAAGAUGAGGAACUUGUACAGUCUGUAUUUGGUAAAAAAAGACUUGAAAAACGACUGGAAUCAGAAUCAUCCGAGAGUGACGAUGAAAGUUACAAGAGUAACUUGAAACGACAGCACAAUGUCGAAUCUUGUUCCAAAAACAAGGCAACAGAUGUUCUUGUGCAGGAUGAUGAAAUAUCAAUUGAACCACAAAGAAAAAAAGUAAAAGCUUGGGAAAAAAGCGUGGGUACUCUUAAGGUUAGUCUUGGCUCAUUAGUAAAGAAGAAAACAAUAGCUAGUGAUGAAAAACAAAGGACAUUGUUGCUGUCAAUGAUAGCAGGGAUUAUAAAAUGGGAUUGAAUCUUCUUGGAACUUAUAGUAGCGGAGACUCCUCUGAUGAGAUAUAAAAGCCAGAAACUUGGUGUUUGGGAGCGCAAUUAAGAUCACUAUUAUUAUUGUAAUAUAUCAUCCAAAAUUGUAUUUGCAUACUUAUUUUGACCAGUGCAGUGCUGUGCACCCAAGCCAGAGUUUUGAUGUACUAAAAUCCUGUUGCCUGAGUUGAGGUCAAAAUAAAAACUCUGAUAGUCAUAUUUUUGAAAAUAUUUAUCGAAAUAGAUGUCUAAUGUGGCGUAACACUGCCAUUUCAUUUUUUCAGUUUCCAAAAUAAAAUAGUGUAAAUUAAAUCAAACUAAACGCUGAUUGAAAGUUAAAGUAAAAUUGGAAUAAAAAUUCUCGUAAAAUAA